UUGAGGCAGGGGAGGCUGCGCGCGUUCGUGCUUAGGCCGGGAAAAAAUGGCGGCGCCCGUCUUGCGAGUGUCCACCCCUCGCUGGGAGCGGAUAGUCCGGCUUCUCGUGUGUCUCUCAGGAAUCCUGAUAUCCCUGUACGCUUUCCAUGUGGAGAGGGAAAAGACUCGCGACGCCAGUUACCGCGCCAUGUGCGACCUGAGCAGCUCCAUCAGCUGCUCCAAAGUCUUCAUGUCCAGAUGGGGUCGAGGAUUUGGACUGUUGGGAUCCAUUUUUGGGAACGACAGUGCAGUAAACCAGCCAAACAGUGUCUAUGGGAUUUUGUUUUAUGUCUUUCAGCUGUUACUAGGUUUGACGGCCAGUGCGAUGGCCGCUCUGAUUCUCAUGACCACCUCCAUCGCGUCGGUGAUGGGCUCCCUGUACCUGGGCUACAUUCUCUACUUUGUCCUUAAGGACUUCUGCUUCAUCUGCGUCACCACGUACCUACUGAACUUCAUCUUGUUUGUGCUCAACUACAAGCGACUGGUUUACUUGAACGAGGCCUGGAAGCAGCAGCUCCAAGACAAGCGAGACUAGACACACAACAACCACAACAAGUAUAGAAGGAUAACAAAUCAUCCAACACGUGCGGGAAAUGUGACCUCUGAAAAUUUGUGACUUGCCACCAGGAGACCUUGCUUCCAAACAAAUGUUCAUUCUGUUGUGUGUGUGUGUGUGUGUGUGGGUGCGCGCGUGUGUGUUAAGUGAAACAAAAAAUUAAGGAAAAGUGUAACUUUAGGGGCCACAGAUCACAGGUUUAUUGGAAGGAUUGGAAAACAGAAACACAAAUCUUUGUCUGUUUUGAUUUUUCUCGUUGGUUUUCUUUGUUCCCUGAGACGAAAAUGAGGUUUGCGCUUUGAUCGCGAGAGAGAUAGAGCAGUCAGAAAGCUCUUAGGAAACUUCCAGUCAGUACAAACGGAUGAAGGCGCGCUUUCCCUGAGGAAUAAAAUAACGGAGAAAACAAUGUGAGACGUUUACUUGAAUCCACUGGGAGAACCAUUGCUCUUUGGGAGCAGCUGAUUCCAGCGGGACUGAAUUUAAAGGUUUAUAAAGGGUAAACACGAGUGAUCAUGAGGCUAAUGUACUGAUCGCACAGAUGAUUCCACGAAAACGACAAAUAAAGUGUAAUUUUUUAUGUUUACAGUUUUUUUUUUGUUUUUUUUUUAAUUAUUAUUGUUUUGGAAGAGGACCACUCAAAACACACAAGAAUGUGAGCUGUAUGUGUCUAGAUCAGAUUGUAUCUGUGACUACUUUUUUUAUUUUUAUUUGUUUGUUUCGCAGUUCUGUAAAUAGCUGCCGCAAAGCAAUAUUCCAGACUAGUUUGUGUUUUACCGUCGAAACAUUAAAAAGACCCAUGUCCGUCACUUCCAGUGAGUGCUUUCAA